GGGCUUAGCAACAGCACUGGGAGACAUUGCAUUGGUCAGAACAGACUGAAGGAAGCCCUGCAGUUCGUUACAUCUCCUGUCAGUCAAACAGAACACGAACCAAGACCUGGUUCCCGGCUACAGGAGAAAACAAGAGCACUGAGCUGGAUAAUUACCCCGCCGUGAGGAUGCUGAGAGCCGCCCUCUUCUGUCUCUCUCCGCCACUCAACUCUGGAUGCAUCGGAUCGCUUUUAUUAAGAUGCAUCAUUUGAUCUCUGUGCACCUGCAUGCGUUCGCUUUCAUUUGAUUUCAAAAUGCGUACAUCUAGAUUAGAAUGAGGAUGCCAAACACCUUUCGCCUGCUCUGCAGAAUCCGAUUAAAUACUAUAAACGGGGGUUGAAUUGACAGAUCAGAGGCAGUGUAAUUGCUUUGAUUGUUUUUAAGAUCAUAAAUCAUCUAUCAAAUAUCUGUGCAUCAUUUACUAAGCUUAAUUCGUCUUACAAGCAUCGAUCCAGGUAAAGCAGAAGCAUGUUGACCAGCAUCACCGAGAGCAUCUUCUGCUGUCUGAUGGGAAAGACGACCAGUGUUGUGCUUCCGGUCAAAUCAUCCGACGGCAAGCCGGCUGACGGAUUCGAGUUCGUGGAGGUGAAACCGGGCCGUGUGCUGCGCGUUCGCCACAUCCUCCCUGAACGGUCUGCUACGACAGAAUCUCAACCAGAAGCGGGCAGCAGCGUCCACUGCAAGCGCAAGAUCACAGUGUACCGCAACGGCCAGCUGGUGAUCGAGAACCUGGGAGACGUCCUCCACGCCGAGAUCCUGCAGUGUCAGAACGGAGACGUGGAGCAGUGCAGCACAGUGGAGGUGGAGCUGUCCGAUUACACCACUGCACCCUCGUCCCCUGAUUCCAGACCCGCUCCGCCGCUUCCCACCUCAGACCAGCAGAAGCCGGCUCCUCCUCCCAGACGCCGGCGGAGGAGACCCAAGCGCACCGUGCUGAUCGACACCGAGCGCAGCAUCAGCAGCUGUAAGGGGACGCAUUCGGACGUGGCGCUCUUCUUCAUCCACGGCGUGGCCGGCUCGCUGCACAUCUGGGGGAGUCAGCUGGAUUUCUUUUCACGGCUGGGUUACGAGGUCAUCGCCCCGGAUUUGGCGGGUCACGGCGGCAGCACGGCCCCGCAGAUAGCAGCGGCGUACACCUUCUACGCCCUCGCCGAGGACCUGCGCGCCAUAUUUAAGAGAUACGCCAGAAAACGAAACAUCCUCAUCGGUCACUCCUACGGGGUGUCGUUCUGUACGUUCCUGGCACACGAGUAUCCGGAGCAGGUGCAUAAGGUGGUGAUGAUCAACGGAGGCGGCCCCACGGCGCUGGAGCCCAGCCUGUGCUCCAUCUUCCAGCUUCCCUCCUGCGUCCUGCACUGUCUGUCUCCCUGUCUGGCCUGGAGCUUCCUCAAAGCUGGUUUCGCCAGGCAGAGAGCUAAAGAGAAGCAGCUUCUGAAAGAGGGAAACGCUUUUAAUGUGUCUCCGUUCGUCCUGCGAGCGAUGAUGAGCGGUCAGUACUGGCCUGAGGGGGAUGAGGUUUACCACGCCGAGCUGACCGUCCCUAUACUGCUGGUGCACGGCAUGCACGACAAGUUUGUGCCGAUUGAUGAGGACCAGCGGAUGGCAGAGAUCCUCUUGUUUGCAUUCCUGAAAGUGAUCGAGGAAGGCAGUCACAUGGUGAUGAUGGAGUGUCCCGAGACGGUCAACACGCUCCUGCACGAGUUCUUCCUCUGGGAACCUGACAGCGCCAAAAAGGAUACGGUUACCAUGGUAACAGCCAGCCAGACCUCAGCCGACGAGGCCCCUCCCAUCCAGACGCUCGCCGUUGCCAACAGCUUCAGCAGCACAGCGACGCUCAAGGUCAACAAGCCCCUUAACAAGUAACCUGUGAUUGAGGUUUUCGGGGUGAACCCAUCAGAAGGCUGUUGAUGGCAGGCUGUCCAACCCUCACUUUGGCUGAGAGCUGGUUUUUGGUCAGAAGGCCUAAGCGGGUGUCCAGAAGGGGGUAAGAGAGAUUCACGGGUUCGAAGAGACUCUCUAGUGAUGAGGGAAAAGCAGAAGAUGGUUUUAAACCAAUAAUGGUGGUUUAUGACGUCACGACGCCUUUGUUUCUCUAUGCUACCUUUGGCCAAUAACGUUCCUUCUUGUGCUGUCUAAAGACUGGAUGUUCGUACAGAGGAUGAAAAUCAAGUGUGACUUGAUUCCAGACAAGACUGAAGUUCGGGAAAGAGAAGACAUUUCUGAAGUUAAUGAUAAAAAAACAAAACAAGAGAGAGUUUAAAGUCAACAUGAAACCUAUUUUACUUCCAUAAUAUGACAUACAGUACUGGUCAUUACAAGACGUAAAAGUACAAUUACGAAAAACAGCUGUUACUUUAAAAUAAUGAGCAUAAUAAAAUAAUCGUGCGUAAUGUGAUUGGAAAAUAACAGGGUUGUGUUCAUGCUGACUUUAAAGAACGUUUUCUACAAAAUCUGUGUUCACGUGACGUCUUUCUCGUACUAACACAUUUUACCGUCUUCCCUCAUCAAUCAAAUCCACUGCUUGGAGUGCAAGAGCGAAUGAAAACAGAUGUGUGAGGUACUCAAUCCUGUCAAAACAUCUUAAAAAGAUAACGUACCGUAAGCGAACACACGCAUUUUACUUGAAACUAAUCGUGUGAGUUUAAAAACAAAACCACAGAUGUCGGUUCAGGACAAGGGUAAAACAGGACAAGGGUAAACAAUGACUGUCACAAGGGGAAAUUUCAUGCACUUGUCUCCUAGCAACUAGAAAGUCGGGCAUUAGAGCAAAUACAUGGUGCGCGCGCGAGAGAGAGAGAGAGAGAGAGAGAGAGAGAGGGAUGAUGCCACCUGCAACAACAUGACACGGUGCUGAGGAAAAACAGGAUAUAAGCUAUAAUAUCAGGAUGCAUUCAUACAGAGCGGAUUGCUUUAAAGUUGGAAUUUAAUAUUUAAAUGAUAUUGUGAAUAUCUAGUGAGCAAUUAUGCUCAAUAGGACAGACCAUCAGUUUAUGCAAAGAAUAACAUGCAGCUUCGGCAUGCAUCCGAUUGGUUAGAAUGACAACAAGUAGUCUAAGGAUAAAUGGAUUAACGUGGAGGUCUGGUCCGUCUAACCCUCCAUCAUCACAUAGACAUCAUGAGAUCUCUGCAGGCUCCUCACCUUUAUGCAAUGAAAGCAGUCAAACAUCAUAAUAUAUCAAAUUUAAAUUAUGUAACAUAAAAUCCCACUGAUCAUUUGAAGAAUGCUGACUCCACACUGUAGUUGUUUUUAAACUAAUAAUUAAUAACAUGACAAUGAAAGGCUUUCAUGAACAUUACCGUCCAAAAGAUUGGAGUCAGUACGUUUUUAUUUUUAAAGAAAAAUUACUACUUGUAUUCAACAAGGAUGCAUUCAAUUGAUCGAAAUUGACAGUAAAUAUAUUUGUAAUAUUACAAAAGAUUUCCAUUGCAAACGCUACUCAACAGCUACUGUGUUCAGCAUUGAUAAUAAUCAGAAAUGUUUGCAAAUCAGCAUAUUAGAAAGAUUUCUGAAGGAGCAUGUGACACUGAAGACUGGAGUAAAGAAAGCUUUGCAACACGGCAAUUUUAAGAUCCAGUCACAGUUUGAAAUGUAAUAAUUAUUCACCUCAUUAUUGUAUUUACUGUAUUUUCAAUCAAAUAAAUGCAGCCUUGGUGACUUUUCAAAAACAAAUAAAACUAGUGUAACUAAAUUCCCAUUUAACAACAACAACAACAACAUUACAACAAUGCAACACACUGAUUCAACCUCUAAUAGCAUAACACACGUUCUUCUGGAAGAACAUGUACACUUUUUUUGAUCUGUUGAAGAAAUGUAGACCUUAUUAUCAGCUCAGUUAUUUUACAUGCACGCGAUGUGAUUGAUAGAAGAAUUUAAGAUAUAUAAAGGAAAAAUUGUGGCGUGGAUUACAGUGAUUACAGCUGAACGCCUCUAUAAUUCUUCUGAAGCCCUGUGGGUGGCAUCCGUUGCCUGCUGUCGUUUAGUUUCAUCCCUCAGUUUGUAAACACACACUAAAAUGCAUUUACAGUGAUGCACUUACUGUACAAUCCAAGCCUGUGGAGUGAUACUGGAUAAUGCAUGGUCAGAAUAAGACAAACAUUCUAAUAAGACUAUUCUCUUAUUAACAUGUAUGAUAUUUAAAUCUUGUGACUAUAUGUUCAAAACGGCGUAUAUUUUAGCAUUUCUCCCAGUGCAGACUUCCACUGAAAGUGCAUUACUGUACAUGCGUUGUUCCUUUGUUUUUACAAAAACAGUUUAAGUUGCACCAAACCCAGAAAUAUUUAAAUGCUACUUGCAUUUGCAGUUUCAUUGUAAUGCAACGCAAAUGGAGUUAGAUCAUUUCACACAUGAUAUGAAUUGUAUUGCAGCCGCUCCUGUGAAUUAGAAAACAAAAACCAAUCUGUUUUUGACCGAAAAAAAUGUAAUGCUUAAACCUUCUGGAUAAUACAGCACACUUGACUCACACUUGCAUUUUGCUCAUAUACAGCUUUAUCAAAGCGAUAUAAAUAAUUUCUCUGACAUUUGAUUGGAGGAAAGGAUGGCUGAGCAUCCCCAUUUAAGAUUGGCCCAAAAAAAAAAAAAAAAAAAA